CAGAUCGUCCCAAGUUGCGGAACGACCGGCGACCCAACUUGUCUGAUUACUACCGCCCAAUACACCGUCCUUGGAACAGUCAUCAGCAACAACGCCAACACGACCGGCAGCCCGACCAACUACAACGCCACCAUCGACGUUUCCUGCGUAUACGCUUCUUUUGGAGUAUCUCAAGGUGUCGGAGCGGGCUUGGCGGACGCAAAAGUUCUCGUUAGCGGCUUCGGCGACCCAUACCCUGGCUGCCCCAACAACCUCGGUGCGAGUGCUCCCGUGAACCAGACGGAGAUCUUCUUCAUCUACGUUGCAAACAGGGUCGGACAGAAUGCGACACCUUUCUACACCAUCUUCAACCCAUGCGGGGGUGGUUUGAGCAACAGCACCGGCAACCUGGAAGCCAUCCGAUCGACGCUGGAGAAGAACCCCAAGAACUCUGUUUUGAAAGGAUCCCAAUGCGCGCUUCCGGCC